CAGCAAGAACUUGAUCCGCACCGCCAGACUCCACCCGGCCGCUGAAGGCCAAGCGUACGGGGCCUCCCCAAAACCCCUAUAAAACCCAGUGUACAGUAAAACCCACCACAGACGACUUCACAGUAAAAAAAACACACGCGCAGCCAAGACCACAUAAGCUCAACAGAGUCCAGAGUCCAGACGUCGUACUCCAGAUCACCCGAUCGAAUCGAAGAAGCAGCUAUAGGCUACAUGGACAAGGAGCAAGCAGAAGGCCGCCGCGCGACGUGGGUGCCCGGCGCCGUCAUCGUCGGCGCAGGCCCGUCGGGGCUCGCCGCGGCCGCGUGCCUCAAGGCGCGUGGCGUGCCGGCCACGGUGCUCGAGAGGUCCGACUCGCUGGCCUUCACGUGGCGCCACCGCAUGUACGACCGCCUCGCGCUCCACCUUCCCAAGCGCUUCUGCGAGCUCCCCCUGCUCCCCUUCUCCGACAAGUACCCGACUUACCCGUCGAAGAAGCAGUUCCUCUUCUACAUGGAGGAGUACGCCGCCAAGGCCGGCAUCACACCGCGCUUCGGCGCCAGCGUCGAGGAGGCCGCCUUCGACGCCUCCGUGGGCGCCUGGAUCGUGCGCUUGGCGGGAGGCGAGGUGCUGAUGGCCAAGUGGCUCGUCGUCGCCACGGGGGAGAACGCCGAGCCGCACAUCCCGGAGUUCCCUGGCAUGAGCCAGUUCGGAGGCCGCGUCAUGCAUACGUGUGACUACAAGUCCGGGGAGGAGUUUGCCGGGAAGAAGGUUUUGGUGGUGGGGUGCGGGAAUUCUGGCAUGGAGGUGAGCUUGGAUUUGUGCCGGUAUGGCGCUAAGCCCUCCAUGGUGGUGCGCAACACGGUGCAUGUGCUACCUAGGGAGAUGCUGCGCCUCUCCACGUUCGGCAUCGCCAUGGCUCUGCUGAAAUGGUUCCCAGUCCAGCUCGUCGACCGGCUGCUCCUGGCGGCGGCUCACCUCGUCCUCGGCGACACGGGCCAGCUCGGGCUUAGACGGCCCAAGACGGGGCCCAUUGAGCUGAAGAACCUCACGGGCAAGACCCCUGUGCUGGACGUUGGGACGCUAGACCACAUCAAAUCAGGCAAAAUUAAGAUCGUCUCGAUCGAUCACCAGGUGGUGGGAGCAGUGAAGGAGGUAACGAGGCGAGGGGCCAGGCUCGCGGACGGCAAGGAGGAGCAGCAGUUCGACGCAAUAAUACUCGCCACGGGCUACAGGAGCAACGUGCCGUCCUGGCUCAAGGACGGAGGUGAUGUCUUCACAAGAGAAGGUACCCCCAAGGCCCGCUUCCCAAACUGCUGGAAAGGACGGAACGGCCUCUACACCGUGGGAUUCUCGCAGCGGGGGCUCCUCGGCGCCUCGUCGGACGCACUCAGCGUCGCCAUAGAUAUACAUUGCCAGUGGAGAGAAAGAGAAAGGCCCACUAAAAAUGUGUUUCAAGUUAAUAACUCUGUUUGAUUCUCUAAUGGAAAUGUACAGGGUUUAAUUAGGAAUUUUGCGUGCAUACAGCACCAUAUGCUCCAUGCUCGAUGUCGGAAAGGAAACUUUCCAAAUGUUCGGACGAUGUUUAAUACUAGCACGGUAGUAUGUGUAACAUUUCUUUUCUA